GUCAUUUGGGAAUUGAAUCCCACCAACGCUUCACGUCACGCAACGCAAUGCUGCAUCUUCCCUUUCACAUUCUCCGCAAAGCUCAGGCAGUUUCUUCUCUUUCACCUCUUCCUCUUCAAACCACUUUCUUCAAUUCCCAAAUCUAGCAUCAAACCCUAGCUUCAAUUUCAGAUGAAUCCCUUACAAUUCCCCUUUCUCUUUCUCGCUUGCAAUUAACCCUAAUUUCACCAUGUUUUCUUCAUUUACAAUCCAUUUUUCACACUCCAGUGGUUUUCUGGUGUAGAAGCCAUGCCUGAGGUGUUGAAUAUAAGUUCUGAUGAAGAAGAGGGUUUGGAGGAGGCAGCAAAAGAAGCGGAUUUUGAUUGGAUCAAAGAGUUGCUGUUUGCAUCUGAUGGAGAAUCUGAUGACGAUGUUAUCAUCGUUGGCGAGAAAAAACCUGAAUUGAAGUCAAAGUCUUCUACUACUUUGGCUGUGAAAGAUGAUGAUGAUGAUGAUGAGGAUGAGGAUGGUGAUGAUGAUGAUUGCGUUGUUCUGGAGGGUGAUCCGGACAAUGGUGUCACUUCUGUGGAUGAGGACUCAACUGGGUCGGAUGAUUUGCUUGUAGUUGGGGAGAAGGGUCAGGUUGCAUGCAGAGACUAUCCUCAUGCCCGGCAUCUUUGUGCUAAAUAUCCUUUCUCUUCCACCCCUCAUGAGAGACACUGUGAUCAGUGUCACUGUUAUGUCUGUGACUCUCUAGCACCAUGUCCGAAUUGGGGCUCUGGAAAGUUGAGUUCAGAUCAUUGUCAUGCAAAUGAUACAACUGAGGUGUGGAAACUUCAGCGGAAAAAUUUCAAGCUGGGCCUGAGUUCCCCAUUACCAGCUUCAACUAACUAUGGUACUGCCGUCCAUGUGGUAUAUCCCCAACGUAAUCUGCGUCGUGAAAAUAUUCACUUGCCCUCAAAUUCUAUGCGACGGUAUCAAGGAUCCAGAUCAAAGAAUCAAGUCUCUAGAUCAAUCAACAUCCCUGUGUGCCCUACAACCACCAACUUAACAGUCACAAAUGGUGUAACAAUUAUAAAUGGUGUAAUCACAAAUGGUGCAAACCAUGGUAGAUCUAAGCAAUUAGGAUCUACUUUGGUGAGAAGGAGAGUCCAACCUAUCCCUGUUCCAAAUCCAAAUCAGUUGCUGGGUGUAUGUAGUCAUGCUAUCCAAAAGGGGCGGGGAAGUGGUGGAAGCAGUUUAGGAUCUCAGUUCCUUCGUCCUCAUGUGAUUUCCAAGCGGGUAGGCAGUUCUAGGGACUUGACAAUGAAUGAUGCUUCUCGUGGUUCAUCUGGCUUCAACACUCAGGUUAUUGCGGCACAGCAGCAUUACAAAUACCCCACUGCCUCAGGGUUCUCAAAUCACAGAAAUCGCAAUGGAGCAGGCUCAAUAAAUUCAUCAAUUUAUUCACACCCAAGCUCUGGACCGGCCAGUUUGAGUCGUGCCAACCUGCAUACCAUGACUGCUGAAACACAGGCAUAUGGCCAGCCAUUGCCCCAAUCAAAUGAUAGCCAGGGUCAAUCUUGGAUUCCGGUUAAUGAUGCUCCUUCAAGUUAUGUGCCAUGUUUGGAUAAAAAUCAACAUGGAAAUAUGAAACAAAGUCAAGCUACUACCCAACCAAAAUCUUGGAUUCCGGUUAAUGAUGCUCCUUCAAGUUAUGUGCCAUGUUUGGAUAAAAAUCAACAUGGAAAUAUGAAACAAAGUCAAGCUACUACCCAACCAAAACCAUGUGAAGAAAGUCGAAGUGGAACUGCCGGGAAUUUUUCUGCUGUUGACUUAGGUUGGACAGAGAAUACCAGUCAAAGCAUUGAACCUGUAAUUGAUUUUUCUUCUCAACAAAGCUCAGGAAGCGUUGAACCUCCAACUGAAUCUUCUCAUUUAUCCAGUUCAAUUGCUGAUAUUGAAAGCUGGCUUUUUGAUAAAGACCUUUUUCCAAUGGUAACAGAAGGUGUUUUCCCAUCUGAACUGAAUAUACCAUCUCCUGAUCUUGACCCAGUUGAUACAGGGAUGCUCUCAUCUCAGUUGUGGUGAAUGAGAAGUGACAAGCCAACUAGCAUGAUGCCUAAAGGCUCAUUUUUUUGUCAUUGACUCAACGUUGAGUACUUUGACAUCAUUCAUUGAGUUAUGACUCAAUUUUGAUGACUUACUCAGCUGAGUGAUUGGCAUGUUUCAUUGUGUCUCGUAUUGAGAGCUGAACAUGUUAGAUGUUCCUUAGUUCUCAUACUUGAUGAUAAGUUAGAUGUAUAGUUGCUAGUAUAGCUUAAUUUAGUUUUUCUUUAUUUCGUUGGAUGUAGUGAAGGAAUGUCUUUGCUUAUUAUGCUUAGCACCAACUCAUGAGAUGUGAAUCAGUUAGAAGCGAGUAAAACUAACUGGUAAUUUUCAAGUGUUGCGUACUUUAUGUUCACAUAUACAUGAUUUUUUAAGUGUUGGGUUCUUUAUCA